AUGAAUUCAAAGGGAGCUACUACACCAACUCAAGUAUAUGAAGAUUUUGUGCCAUCAUCAAAGCUGGUUCAUGGAGAACAUUUUGACACAAUUCACAUUGAUCUUCAUGGUUUCAAGAAGGAACAGCUGAGAGUUGUACUUGCCGGCACAGGAACUCUGAAGAUCAGCGGACAACGGCCAAUUGGUCCGACUAAAUGGCAGAGGUUUCUGAAGGAAUUUCCUGUUGUGGAAAACUGUGACAGAAGCAAAAUCAGCGCAAAGUUUGAAAACGGAAUUCUUCAUGUUAAACAACCAAAACUGAUAACAACAGUGGAAAAGGAGAAGGAAUUGUCAGCCACAUUAGCUGAGAAUACCCCUGCAGCUAAAAGACAGAAGACUACUUUACGAGACGAAUUUGGUAAACAGGACAAUGCUGAUAUUGAUACCCCUGCUAAAGAUGAACCAAAGGAAACUAGUCCUAAAACAAGUGAGCAAACAGAAGCUAAAAGUCUCGUAGAGAAAAAAUUACCAUCACAUGAUAGUAGUUCAAGUAGUAGUUCUUCCCAUUUCAGUGAAUCCGAAAGUGAAUCGACUGAUGAUGAUACAGAUGAUGAAACAUCCAAAAAUGCCAGUUGUUUGGUUGCAAACCUGAAGAAGCCAAGUAAAGUGAUUAAAAUGACUCUUGUUGGUCUGUUGGUUCUUGGAAUCAGCCUCUAUGUCGCCAACGAAAGAUCUCAUUAAAUUUCAUUUCUAAACUGUACUCAAUCAAUUUGUUAUGAAUCAUAAAACCAUCAUUUGAAUAAAC